AUGUGGUGUCUAGAUUAUCUUGUUCGCAACGUCCUUUGGUCUCUACUGGCCUGGACGUCUCUCACCUCUACCGCCUCAGCCCAUCUCACAUCCACAUCCGAUGCCCUGGCUGUCCACUCAUCAGUGCCUCUUCCUCCGAGUCAAGACCCUCGGUACCGAGCUCCUGUUGGCUUCGAGUCCUACCCACCAGGAGCUAUACUACGCCUGAGAAAAGCCGCUGGAAACUUAUCAACCAUCACAGGGAACUGUUCAAGUGUCUACAAUAUUCUGUAUCGCACCACGGACAGUCGCUACCGACCUUCGUGGGCAGUGACCACUCUUUUCUUACCUUCGAAACAACUAUCGUCCAACACAGCUUUGCUCUCGUAUCAACUUCCUUACAACACGAUGGAUGUCGACCAAAGCCCCAGCUACUCGCUCUACAGCAGUCAGCCUUCGGGGGCAGGGCCUUCCAACGGAGGCGCCUUUCAAAUUGCCGAUAAUUCGCUUACCGAUAUCGGGAAUGCUCUGGGACGGGGCUGGUUUGUGACCGUCCCUGAUUUCGAGGGUCCCUCGGCGGCCAAUGUUGCUGCAAUUCAAGAAGGACAUGCAACCAUUGAUUCUAUACGUGCUUCUUUACGUUCUGGCCUUGGUCUCGACAAGACGUCUCGGGUAGCGCUGUGGGGGUAUUCGGGCGGAUCCAUCGCAAGUGAAUGGGCAUUGGAAUUCCAGGAACAAUAUGCCCCGGAACUCCAAAUCCACGGUGCUGCGCUUGGCGGCCUGGUUGCCAAUAAUACUCGUUGCAUUUAUGUGGUGGACGGAACGCCUCUUGCUUAUAUCGCCGUUGGGGCGAUCAUGGGGCCUGUCAUUCAGUACCCAGAGGCCUACGAGCGUCUAGUCAGCCAACUGAAGACCUCCGGGUCCCAUAACAAAACCGGAUUUCUCGCGGCCAAGAAGAUGUCCCCUACACAGGGAUUUGCCGCUUUCUACAACCAGAGCAUUUUCGACUACUUUGUCAAUGGAAGCGCAGUGCUCUACGAUCCGCUGAUCCGACAAGCCCACUUGGAGAACCAAUUCAUGACCUACCACGGGGUGCCCCGGUCCCCUGUGUUCGUCUACAAGGCGAUAAAAGAUGAAGCGACCCCGAUUGAAGAUGCAGAUUACUAUGUCAAUCGUAAUUGCAUGCUGGGGGCCAACAUAUUAUACGAGCGAAAUUCCGUCGGUGGGCACUUAGAUGAGAUGGUGAAUGGGCUUCCCCGCGCCGUGGCCUGGCUUGAAAGUAUAUUAGACGGGACGUACUCUGAUCGGUAUAACGCGCACGGGUGCACUAUUAGGAACGUGACAGUCAGCACUGUCAAUUCUGGGACCUAA